AUGCCGGAAGAAUCGUUUGAUGGCGUCGUCCCUGUAAGUGAACACAGUAACUGUAAGUGCGGGAAGAAGGCUAAAAUGCUGGUUUUAUGGUCCAAUAAGAAUCCUGGAAGGAGAUUUUUCCGAUGUGAGGUAAACUUGUGCUCAUAUUUUAUGUGGUUCGAUGAGGAGUAUGCACACCACAUCAAAGUCAUGUUGAGGCAUUUGAAAAAUCAAGAAAGAGUAUUGACGAAGGAGACUGAGUAUUUGAGGGGUGAUGUUUUCCGCCUAAAAUAUUUGAUGGAUCAUGCUAGCACUCUUGAUGCAACUGGGAUGGAGAAGAGCUUGGAAGAGGUGAACGCUGACAAAGCCAUAUUAGAGACUAGAGUGGAUGACCUGAACAAGGAGCUUUAA